UUUCACAAAUUUCAUCUUUUUCAUCAUAAGUUUUAAUGUUUCUGAUGUGGGUAUUUUAGAUUUGGUGCCCCCCAUAUAUCAACUUCUAAGGUUGUGUUUGAUCAAGAAACCGGAAAAUGAAAUUCGGUAAGAGGUUGAAGCAACAUGUUCAAGAAACUUUACCAGGGUGGCGUGACAUGUACUUAAAUUACAAGGGUUUAAAGAAACUUGUGAGGUUGAUAUCUUCGUCGUCCGAAGAUGAGUUUGUAUAUCUUCUAGACAACGAGCUCGACAAGUUUAACUCGUUUUUCAUUGAACAAGAAGAAGAUUUCAUUAUACGUCAUAAGGAGUUGCAACAAAGAAUAAAAAGGGUGAUUGAGAAUGACCCGUCAUCACAAGAAGAGUAUGAAAAUGAGAUGGCAAGAAUUAAGAAAGACAUCGUUGACUUCCAUGGUGAAAUGGUUCUUUUAGUCAACUAUAGCAACAUCAAUUACACGGGAAUGACAAAAAUUCUAAAGAAAUAUGACAAACGAACCGGAGGAUUUUUGCGUUUGCCAUUCAUCCAAAAGGUCUUGGAGCAACCUUUCUUCACCACCGAGCUCAUUUCAAAGCUCGUGAAAGAAUGUGAAACGCUCAUUGAUGAGCUUUUUCCGGCGAUGGUGGUGGCAGAGGAGAUGGCAAAGGCGGUAGGCACGGAAGCAAGAGAAGGAAUUUUUAGAAACAUUGUGGUAGCUUUGUUGACGAUGAAAGAGAUUAGAAAAGGGAGCUCGACUCAUAGUCAUUUCUCUCUUCCGAUUCUAGAUUUGCGUGAUGCUGAGCUUAUACGAUCCUUUCAACUCAAUUCGACCAUACAUAUCAUUUAACUUAAUGCCUUUGGUUCGGUUUUGGAUAUCUAUCCUUCCAACUCAGUUUUAUUCGUUUCGUUAUUAACUAUAUGUUUUUCCUAUUACAUUACAUGUAUUCAUGAGGUUUUUUUUCUUCUCCAAAGUGUGGUGGGUCACAACUCACAAACUUCAAGUCA